CCCCUGUUCGAGAUUCCGUUAACGCUGCGCCGUCAGAUCAGAUAGCAGCAUCGAUCGGGUAACGACGCUAGAUCACCGCGGCAGCUUGCGCCGCGCACGGGCGCGCUCAUCGCCAACGUCUUUCUCGCAAUAUUCAGAGUCGUACAAAUGGCCGCGCAGUGAUCAGACGCACGACGUGUGCUCUGUGCAUUUUUGAUUGUGACUACACAUCGAGGUGCCCACCGCAGUGAUUACAACAGCUGCCGAGAUACUGCAUUAACAUGUAAAGCGACCGCUCAUCCAGCUCUACUCGGAAUCUCUCGUUCGCCAGCUCAACAUCACUCGUCAUCAUUCCGUCAUUCUCAUCACGGGAAUUGGUGGCGAAGAAGGCGACGCAAACUCGAGGAGUUGAAUGCUUACACUCCACUCAUUUCAUUCAAGAACAGACGUCAUUAUUCAAGCUCACAUUCUGCAGACGUUAACAAACAUCCUGCCAUCCUUCAACGCUGCACCACAAGAAUGGCCGCAUCUCACCAAGCUGACCUUGGCUGAUCCAGAUUUCCUAACACCACGGCCAGUGGAUAUCAUCAUUGGAGCUGACUCAUAUGGACAGAUCAUCAAGCCCAACAUCAUCAAACGAGAUACAUUGAUGCCAAUUGCGCAGCUCUCUUCGGAUAGCUCGUUCUCGGACCUGUUAAUACAUCAUCAUCGGCAAUUGCCACCGUGCAUCAUGCCUCCGUUCAGGAGGGAGAAGAUGCUCUUGACGACUUGCUGGCGAAAUCUGGAUACAAGAAGGAGAGCCUGCGAGCAACAAUCUUGAUCUUAUUCCUGACGAGCAAAGAUGUGAAGAACAUUUCAAGAGUACUGUUUCACGGAAUUCAACAGGUCGAUACAGAGUUCGACUUACACUGAAAUCAUCACUUGAUACUCUUGGCGAUUCGUAUCUCACUGCGCAUCGAUAUUUGAAAGGUUUACAAAGAAGACUCUCACGAGAUGACAACUAUCGACGUCUGUAUCAUCAGUUUAUGAUACUCUAUCGAAAGCUCAAUCACAUGAAGCUUUACCCGUUUCCAGUCAGCACAUACAAGAUUACUUGCCACAUCAUGGAGUGCUCAAACCAGACAGUGCAACCACAACAUUACGUGUGGUAUUUAAUGGCUCGAGUGCAUCUACAUCCAGCCGCUCAUUUAAUGAUCUCAUGCACACAGGAGCCAAACUGCAUUUCGACAUCACCGAUGUCUUGCUCUGGAUUCGACAAGUUCGGCACUUAGUUGCCACUGACAUCACCAAAGGGUAUAGGCAGAUCAACGUGCAUGAAGAUGACUGAAAGUUACAACGGACUCACUGGAUAGAUGAACAACUCAAUGAAGUGCCAUAUCAUCUAACAACGGUCGAUAUGUUGAUGACAAUUCUGGAGGCGACGACACCGUUCAGCAGGUAGUCAAUACUGCUCAACGGACUUGUGCAUGGCGGGCGGCUUCCCAUUAGCAAGGUGGCACGCGACUCAUCAAGAUGUACUCACUGCGGUUCAAGCAGAAAAAGACCAGGGCUCACAAACUACAUUGACGAUU